AUGCAGCACGCCGAUGAAGUCCCCAUUCUAGGUCAAGCAGAUGCGCCUGCUCCAACUCAGGUUGCAGACGAAGUUCCCGUUAUCGGCCACGCAAAUGCGCCUCCUCCAACCCAGGGCGCCAGCAAACCUCCUAACCUAUCUCACAAUCAGUCCACAGUCAGCUUACACGACUGGCAAUGUUCAUCCUUUAGUUUUGUCAAGCCCACAACCCGUCAGCAAUACAACAUGAACUGUCGCACCACUGAAGCCUGGAAAGAAAGGCUGGAGAGGGAGCUUUAUGAAGUCAGGCAAAUUCUGAGAUCUCUUCGUGUUUCUGAGGAGGAAUUUCAAGCCGCGCUUGCAGAGUAUGCAGCUAUCAAGCAUGAAAUUUUGGAGCUGGACCUUAGAUAUGUAUGUAUUAGGCGUGCUUGGAGAUUCGUCCAGGAAGAGGAGAAGAAGCGGCUGAUGAAACUUGAAGAAGAGGCCUCUUAG